AUGAUGGCCGGAAAUGGACAGUUAUCAGUUCCGCCCGGUUUCCGAUUCCAUCCAACAGAUGAGGAACUGCUGUACUAUUACCUAAGGAAGAAAGUCUCCUAUGAAGCCAUCGACUUGGAUGUUAUUAGGGAGGUGGAUCUCAACAAACUGGAGCCUUGGGACCUGAAAGAGAAGUGUAGAAUUGGAUCGGGUCCUCAAAAUGAAUGGUAUUUCUUCAGCCACAAGGACAAGAAAUACCCAACUGGAACUCGAACAAAUAGGGCAACUACAGCUGGCUUUUGGAAAGCAACGGGAAGGGACAAGGCCAUCCACCUCAGCAAUUCUAGGAGGAUUGGUAUGAGAAAAACCCUUGUUUUCUACACGGGACGUGCUCCUCAUGGCCAAAAGACUGAUUGGAUCAUGCACGAGUACCGCUUGGAAUUGGAUGAUGACGAUUCUGAGGUUCAGGAAGAUGGGUGGGUGGUGUGCAGGGUUUUCAAGAAGAAGAAUCACAACAGAUCUUUCCCAGAAGAAGGUGGACAAGAAGAACAUUUCAGUUAUAAUAUGAAAACUAGUGGUUCUUCAGCUCCUCUGGAACAGAAACAAAAUCAUCUGCAAUCGCUGUAUGACUAUACAUUUGAUAGUUCCAUGCAUCUUCCACAGUUGUUUAGUCCGGAAUCAGUCGUUGCUCCAUCCUUUGUUUCACCUAUCUCUUUGAACACCAUGGACCUUGAGCGCUCCCAAAACUUAUUGAGGCUAACAUCAACCACUUCUGGACUCAUGCAACAAGGGAGGUUCAAUGGUGAUUGUUCAUUUUUGGACAAACUUCUUGCUUCUCAUCACACCAUGGAUCAAAAUAAGUACAACCCUUCAUCUCAUCAAACUGUUCAUGACGUGGUUACUUCAACUCAUCAGAAAUUCCCAUUUCAUUACCUUGGCUGCGAGCCCGAGAUUUCAAAAGUUUCCAAGUAGAUCCAUAUGGAAUUUAUCAUAUAUAUUAAGCUUUGGUACACGCAAUUUUCUCAAACUAUUGGCGCAGUUGUAUUAACUAAUUACUUCUUUCGAA